AUCCAGAAGUAAAUUGUGAUGUUGCGGCUGGCAGGCAACCAUUAUCGAGAAGCUGGAGUCCUGCCCGAGGGGGUGAAAAGCGAGAUCAUUUGAUUUAUUGAUGAUCCACUUGUCUGACUGUUGAAGGACAGUGAAUCACCGCCGGCAGUGAUUUAUACGCGUACAGAAAAGCGGAGAAAAUGAAGGUUGCGGGUGCAGUGGCGGGGCUCUUCUUCAUGUGCCUGACUUGCUGUUUACCUGUGACUCCUUCGUAUUCAUUCCUCCUGGAGGACAUGGAAGGGUCCAGCGAUGAUCAGGAAUUUUCAGGCUCUGGGGACUGGAUCUAUAAGGACAGUGUAACAGAGACAAAAAUCGUGGACCAGUCGACCAAGUGGCCAUCAGCUAGGUUGCAGCCCAACGACUUUGAUUAUUCCGGGGAUGGCAGGCUUAGAGGAGAGAGGAGUGAAAACUCCAUGUUUGAUUUUGACCUUGAAGACCAAAAUGAGAUCAUCCCACACGUUAGGACUAAAGAUCUGGACAGCAGAAUAUUUGAUAAUGCUGACAUGAGCUGGCCAGAGACACUAGCCUUUGGAAAGAGCAGGGGUGUUCUGAACAGGUCUGAAGUCCUUGCAGGUGUUGUUGCUGCAGGCCUGGUGGCAUUGGCUAUGGCUAUCAUGAUGGUAUCUUUCAUGGUCUACAAGCUCAAGAAGAAGGAUGGGGGCAGCUAUGACACUGGCAGCCCCAAUGAGAAAUAUCAGAAGCCCCAAAAAAAAAAGGAAUUCUUUGUUUAACUUCCCUUUACUGAAUAUACUGAACAUUUGUCUAAUCUGCCUAUGUCUUUCUAUGUGUGUGUUAUAGAGGAAGAGCUCCUCUUCAGUUUCUCUCCAUCACCAAAGCCCAGUGUCCCUUGUCUGUCAUUUUUUUUAUGGGAGGAGUGCUGUUUUUCCAGUCAUUUUUAUGUAAUACAAGAAUAAUUAGCUUUUUUUCUGUGGGUAGCCUUCUAAUUCACUUUUCUCAGGUGUUAAUAUAAAUUGAUAAAUAUAUUUUAGAAGUGUAUGUAAAUUUAUUCCUAUGUGCAUAUUGGGUCAAUGGCUAAAGGUUUCAGUGAGUACUUAUCUGAAGGUCAGUAAAGUGUAGAAAAAUAAUAAUAGAACACAUCUUAAACACAAGACAGAUAAGUUUAAAAAAGAACUGGUGGAAUUUGAUGUUAAAUUUAAUCAUUUGUUGAAAAGUGCAAGAACUAAAUGAUGAUGAUCAAUGCAAAUUUAAUCCUGAAGGUUGAAGAUUUGAGUGAUAAUUAUAUAAGCAGUGUUCAGCGUGCUGGGCUAUGAGUAUCCAUCAAUGCAUGUUCAUUGUUUCUGCUUCUAGUCAUCUGUAAAUGUGCCUUAAUUCUGUUGUUGGCAAGCUCACUUGGAAAAAUAUUUGCCUUUUGCUGAGUAUGUGGAGACAUUUAUGCAUAUUUACAAAGUCUCCCUUUCUACAGAAAAACAACUUUGCAAUUAUAAUGGUGGAUGUUCAGGGUCAAGAACUAAAUAUAUUAUCUU